AUGGCCCCUGCACUUCUGCUCGCCUUCCUGUUGGCUGAGAGUACAGCUGGUCAGUUUGUUGUGACGGGGAUUCUCCAGGCGUGUGAGUCUGACAGCGACUGUCAGACGUCGGGCCAUGGCGGCUGCUGCGCCAGGUGGAACCCUAGCGCCUCCACUAAUGUCUGCAAGGAGCUGGGGAACGAGGGAGACCUGUGUCACGUGGCUGCCAGCCAGCUGCCGUUCCCGUUCUCAGGGCGCAGACGGUUCUGGAGAUGCCCGUGUGGAGAAGAUAUGGCAUGUAUCCCGGCAACCCCCGGGUCUAUGGUUGGAGCCUGUGUGUGACGUCAUGGCGGCCAUGACAGUACCGCGGGUCACGUGAUUGAAGAGCGAUGUGGGAAUGGUUUCUUCGUUUCUGUAAAAACUCAGACGGUUCAAUGAUGUGCUGUUUACAAUGAAUGAAAGCAUGGUGCAAAUAGUUCAUUAAAGAUUGAGACUAUAAUUUAAGUCGGCACAAUUCAAAAGUAGGGCGACUGGCAAAGAUGUUCGCCUACAGUUUUGUAUGUACACGGCAAUGUGGAAUCCUAGAUUUGGGGCUGGCGUUACAACAAUAGAGUUGAGAUGUAUUCAGGCUUCAGUCUGUGGUGCACAAGUCCAGCUGCACUACCGCGCUGGCGCGGACUCACCCCUACCGAAGCUGGGGGCAGAACGGGAGACUCUCUGUCUGCAGACGUUCGUCGUUCGUCAAAAAUGUCGGUUUCUUAAACUCUGGAA